AUGAUGGUACUAUGUAUACCGGAUGUUUCGGAAGUAAUUAGUUUUUAUGAUCAAAAGAAAAAAGAAAUCGAAACGACUCAAAUUACAAUUGUCAACAGAAAAACACAAAAUACGAUUGACCGCUCUAUUGAUGAUUUAAUUGUUGAAGAAUUGGAAUCAUUUGAGAUUGAGAGAUGGCUGAAAAGCUUUUUAUCAUCACUAUCAACAUCAUCAACAUCAUCAUCAUCAUUAUCAUCACUAUCGAAUAUCAGGAAUUAUUACAAUAUCUCAAACUAUGAAUCUAUCCUUUCCGUUCGCAUCAUCAAUCGAUGA